AUGCCUCCAAUCAGCAAGAAAGUACAUAUCAACGUAGACCUAGGCGAGGGCUACGGCAACUUCAAAUGUGGUCCGGACGAAGAACUCAUCCCUCUCAUCGACCACGCAAACAUCGCUUGCGGCUUUCAUGCAGGAGAUCCUCAGAUAAUGUCGGCCACAGUCAAGCUGUGCAAGCAACACAACAUCAAGGUCGGAGCACAUCCCGGACUACCGGAUAUCCAAGGUUUCGGUAGACGAGAGAUUAAGAUGUCAGCAGAGGAGUUAACCAGCAUGGUCAUAUACCAGGUGGGAGCUUUGAAGGGCUUCCUGGAUGCCGAGGGUGUACCUCUACAUCAUGUAAAGCCUCACGGGGUGCUCUAUGGCAUGAUGUACAGAGACCGUGAAGUAUGCCGGGCGGUCUACUCUGGCGUCCCGCCGAAUGUGCCUGUUUUCGGUCUUGCUGGCACCCUUCAUGAGGAGGUCGCAAAGGAGCUCGGCUUGCCGUUCGUUGCCGAGCUAUAUGGAGAUGUGAAAUACUCGAAGGAUGGCACUCUGGUUAUCGAUCGUAAGAAAAAGGCUUGGACGCAAGAGGAGACAGCAGCACACAUCAAGUCACAGCUGGAAAACUCCUCAGUCAUCGCAGUUACAGGAGAGAAAGUCGAGCUGCCGGUCGGUGAUAACGAGGUCUCGCUAUGCUGUCAUUCUGACUCCCCUGGCGCUGUGGAUAUAGUGACUGCUGCUAGGAAAAUGGUAGAUGAGUUUAACAAGAAGCACCAUAGUUCCGGAUAG